GAAAGCUAAGCAUAAGUUAGUUAGGAAACUGUCAGUCACUGUUUCUUUGUUGACUACAUAAACUGACAAAAUUGACCAGGCAGGCUGAAACCUAAUCAAGUUAAUAUUGUAUUUAAAAUAGGCCUAACAUUUCAUUUUCACAGGUUAGGUAAUAUAUUUGCUAGUAUAAGGUGGCUACAAACUCUCUGGCCACCACGGAUCUUUAUUGCAGAUUAAAGAAUAAACUUUUUAAUAAAUAGUUAGCACCAAAGAGAUUAAACCAGCAACAUCAACAUCAUGCAGAGAGAAGAUCGGCUUCUAGAGGUGACAGUGGACACUGUGGUCCAGAGAGUCACAGAUCUGAAGCAAUCCUUGGGGCUGCUGCUGCAGAAACUUGAACACGAGGGAGAGUCUGCAGACUGGCCUGAUUAUCUGCAGCAAUAUUCUGUGAUAUCUGGCCAGAUGAUAACUUUGCUGAAAGUAUUACGCAAUGAGAAGACUCCUGUGCUGCGAAAUUACCUGACACUGCCACUACAGCUCAAUGCUGACCCAGAUGAAGCACUUUUGCGGAGCACAGAGAACAGAGUGCCGGCUUUCAGUCAUGACUUUGUUCCGGAUUUGCUGCGUACAAAACCCGACCCAGAGCUCGAGAUGAAGUUCCACACACUCAAUGCGAAAAUGAAUAUCAUGAACUCUGAUACUUCAUCGAAACAAAUCAACCAGCACAACAAAGUGGUGAAACACAUCGUUGAGAUGGUUUCUUCUGCCCGCGAUGAGUGGGAGACGGAGACCUCAAGGUCUAGUUUACCACAGACUUGUUCCAUUAAUGAGACCCACAGCUUGCUUGCUGCCAUCGGUACUGGCAAGCAACACCAAGUUGGCAAGGCGCCCAGCUCCAUCAAGACCAACAUCAAAGCUGCCGGCCAGAUGCACCCCUACAGGCAGUGAGGCUCUCAGUCGGUAAGUUCAAGGUUUUAUUUUCUUCUGUUCAAAUAUAAAUCCUUGCAAAAUAAUGAUGCAUUUACCAGUUGAUCGAUUUUUUCUUCUGUUCAUACAUUAUAUAGCAGGUGGCUUGGAAAUGUCUCCAAGUUGAAGUUUUUUCGUUGCCUCUAGGCAGAUAUAAACUAUUAUUAACAUAGAAAUUUAUUAUCUGACGUUUAAGUGGGUGAAAGGAGAGAGUAUUACAAAGAAAUUUGACAUGUAUAUAUCCUACAAGAACUUGAUUGUACUUCAUAAGGUACACACAGAUGCACAAACUCUUAUUAUUAAAGUUUACUAAUUAUAUAAUUUAAAUAAGUUAUUUACACUAAAAAAAAUUCCGGCUCAAAAAUGCAACAGCUUAUUGCAUGCUACAAUUUAUCUAUAGUUGUAAUAUUUAGCUAGAUUUUGAUUUCUUGCUAAAAUAUUUUGUAAAACUCUAAUUAUAUAUCAAUUUCGUUCUUUUCACAUGUACGAAAUCUCAAUUGAAGCAGUAACAAAUUUUUUAAAUUGGAAUUCCUCUGCCUUGGUUCUUUAAAAAUAUGUUGUAGUACCUACUAUUGAAUUAGUUGUGUAAGAUUCAGACGAAUUAAUGCUUUUGAAUAAUCGUUGUUUUUGGCAUAGAUGUUGAAUACUGCAUUGGAUUGUUCAACAUCGGAACUCUAGACUACAAAUAACAAUUAUUUAUGAGUUUUAACUUACAUGUAAAGCGCUUUGGGGGCACCAAUUGAAGACCAGCUGGGCACUCGUAUCACUGUUCAAUAAAUUCAACCUGCUGGUCUAUUUCAGCACUAAGUAUUUGCAUGCUUGUUUUAUUAUUUGCAACAAUUGGACGUAAAGUUUAUACUUUUAUCUCUUGUAUAAGUAUUUCAUUCACUUGGGCCAUUAUUUCACUCAGAAAUUUGGCUGCACUUGUGGUAUUGGCAAUCCUUCAAAUGAUCUUCAAGUUUUCUUUGUCAUCCAUAAAAACUUUAAAUCGACUAAUUAAUAAUGAAAUUAAUUUUUAUUUCCAAUAAACGUGCAAUGUAAUAUUUUUUAAGCCUAAGCUAGUUUGAUGUUUAGUUUUUGUGUACUGUAUCUGCACUCGAGCUUAAACUUCGUAUUAGGCUUCGUACUGGCCUUGCGCUCUGAGUCGAGCGGUUAAAGCUAUCUAUUUCAACACUAAAAUGUCCCGAUGUUUGUCUGAACUGCUUAUUAUUCUCCUGCGAUUCCUUUACAAGGCCCAAGAAAUCAUCCUCAUCUCCGUAGGGUAAAAGCAAAGGUACUUGCCUGCUCUUACCCAAAGCUUUCAGGACGAUUUUUGCGUUUGGAUUGUAUAGAGUUUUCCGCUCGGCUGAUUCUUUGGAACUUUCUGGCUCAAGUUCGUAGUGGUAAAGCCUAAGUUGAGAUUGCGAUUCAUCUGAGGCACCAGGCAGGAGAGGCGGAUAGCGAGGCUGUGGAACUUUCC